GGGGUUGGGCGUAGUAGUCAUCCGAGUUGGUCUGAGGUUGGGCGUGCUAGUCAAUGGGUGGGAAUACAAUGGUGUCCGCAAAGAACACAUCCACAAGCGCUGGACCAUCUGCCCCCGGGGAGGGACGACCUGCAYAGCAACCUACUCCUCAGUAUAUGCACGCAAAGGGAGCACCAUGGUUUUUGGACUUCGUUGUUCAGUGGGACCUUUUUGGGCUAACUGUUUUCAUGCGACCCACUUGCGUUACAGACGCUGGGGGAGCGGUCAAAGUUGUUCCUCUUGCUACUGUCGUCUCGUGCGCGAAGACUCCUGGAGGUUUCCUCAAGCUGCACACUAACGGUAUGUACGACGAGUGCAGAUUGCCUAUCAGAGGUGUUAAAGGUGUGUUGGUGACCAUCAAGAGUUUCGYGGGGUACGGCUCGAACAUGCCGUUGUGCUCUCACUUCAAAGGCCUUUACGAUGGCGGCAGCAAGCGUCUUCCAUCGCCAGAGCAAUAUCUCGAUCUCUCGCUGAUGGUGCCGAAAGAGCGUCCGGUUCUUCCGCCAGAGCAUGUUUUCCGGCUUCUGCCACCCCGUGAGGGAUCGUCCGACUUGGCUCAAGAAACUCCAUGUACGACAGUGGGGCGCGAGAGUCCGAUUCCAGACGCUGGGGGUCGGAUCAAGGGACGAAGCGUUCACACGCAGGUCGGCCCGGAUGCUCCUAGGAACACGUCGGACUUGCAUUCUCAGGACUCCUUCGGAGAAGAAGAGCGAGUGACAGAGGAUGGUGCAAGAGGAGGUGGCGGAAGGAACCUUCCGCAUGAAGAGGAUGAGAGGAAAACCGGAGGCGGUGACGGGCGGGGAUGGAGGUGGCGACGGAGAACGUGCUUGGGAAAGAGGCCGACGAAGGAAGAGGGUGGGACGGCAAGUAAGAAAGCGAGGAGGCCCCAGGCCGGCGGUUUGACCAUCCGCGAAGGACAAGCCGCGGGUGGAGGAGAUUCGGAUGAUCCAAGCGUUGCCGCCGCGAGAGAACCUUCGGGGAAAUCGAAACGGAAAGUGGCAGCUGAAGAAGGCGAUGGCCAGAAGAAACCUCAGAGGCGGAAGACUGCUGAGGCGGCGAUCAGGGGCGAACGGCCUGUCGGUGAGGAGUGGAACGAAGCAGCAGCGUUCAGGCUCGAAUACGAGCGGAACGAUGGCGGUGAGAUCAUGGAGAAGGAGCUCUUCGUCCAACUGCUCAUCGACCCCAGGAAGGUCUCCGACAUCCCGUCUUGGGAAAGAUAUUACAACCACCGCAGUCUAAAUCGCGAAACUGUGGACGACAUCAAGGCUGUGAUGCUGCGUUAAUUCCGCGAGAAAAGGGGCAAGAUCUGGACGAAAAACCCUUUGUUUCURACACCCAUCUACAAGUCGGUGGAGCGUAGGCCGGAGCAAGCUGAAAGGGUUCACAAAGAUGUCUUCAAGCCAGAGGACAAGGACAAGUACUACUAUUACCCUGUUAACGGACAACACACCGUGGCUGUUGUGAAGGAGUUGGAGGGUGAGCCAAUAUUCGUAUUGUGGAAGAUGCACUCGUGGCCGCCGAGAGUGGUGUGGUUCUCCGACCGAGAUUUUGCGGGCUAUACGCAGGUCAGUCUCAACGAGAACACGAGACACAAGAGGUCUAAGCAGCGAUCGCAGAAGGCUGCGUUCUUGGACAUGCGGGAGGCAUGGGAGAAAAAAGGAAGGUCGAUGGCCAUUCAAGGGAACCCUUCCGGCAAGGAGGGCGAAAAACAAAAGUUUUUCGAUUUCUAAAAGCUGAUUUUGGGAAUGAGUCCGAACGAAGCUCACUGGUCGUUGGCAGAAAAAGAUAAAUUGCUACAAGGAGU